AUGGAUACACUUCCAGUUAUAGUAUUGAGACAGAUUGUAGAGUACUUGCCGAGUAAUGCAGAUCGAUUGAUCAUGUCGUUGGUGUGCAAGAGAUGGUUUGAUCAGAGACAAUCAUACUUGCACUUCUACACUGAUCGCAUGAAUCUCAACAAGACCGGCAUCAUCAACUUUAACAAAACAGUGACAUUGAACUCUUACAAACAGAUAAUCAACCAAGACAUCAUCAAUGCACCAUUAACUAUACUAUUAUACACUGAUCCACAUCAAUAUAUCAAUUGGGAUACAUCUAAUCGUUGUAUCUUAUUAAAUGGAGACACAUGGAAGCAAGAAGUGUUGGCAAUGAGAUGGAUCAAGAAGAUCACCUUUUGUGAUUGCCCCGCAAAGCCCAUGGACAAGGAGUUCUGGGAUGGUACCACAGAGUUCUUUGAAGCUCUGAUCGCACGUGAUGGACACCUCCCAAAGAUUCAGUUCAAUCAAAGAACUCGCGCGUUGCCACAGCAGCAUGUACAUCUCGAUGCACUAGCCAUCUCAAUCUAUGGAGACUCCAAUGACGAUGGUGGAACCUUCAACAUUGACGCGCUCCCGCCAACCUUGACCAGCCUAAGGUUCAACUCCUACUUCUGGUUCGUUCCACAUUUUGACUUGACACACCUUGGGUCACUCAAGUCUCUCUACCUCUUGCAUGACAUUCAGAGAAAGCAGUUUGAUUCGUCCAACCUCCCGCCCUCCCUCACCAAGCUUGGGAUUGAGCUACCGUCCAUGGAAAACGCGCCCUUGGUCAAGCUUCCUCCAGGCAUCACUAACCUCUCAUUGCAACACAAUUACCCAUUGCAAGGAGGCCACUAUCUAUCCAAGCUCGAACUGCCCGCUCAUUACUUGAGAGUGCUCAAGUUUGGGGACAUGGACGGUAGCACCCUGCUCCGCAUCACAUCAUCCAACUUCCCAGUUCUAGAGCAUCUAAUAUUUGAGUACAAGCUAUUCAACGAGAUACCGAUGGACUUGUCAUCACUGCCAUCGUCACUCCAAAGAUUGAAUGUGUCGACAUAUCGACCCAUUGCAUCGCUACCAAGUAGCAUUGAAUGGCUGAGCAUCCAAUUCGAAUGUAAGUUCCAACUGUCCGACAUGGUAUGGCCUAGUCCCUCACGAAUCAGAACAUUACAUCUGGCAGCUUAUGGGCAUGAGCUGAAGGAGGGUGACAUACCAACGUCGAUCACCAGUUUGAAGCUCAAGAGAUACAACAAACCAGUACAUCCAAGUGCAUUGUUCAAUGGUAUACAGAAGCUAGCAUGCAUCAAGGAAUAA